AUGGGCGAGGUGUGUGUUCGGGUGGCGGUUCGUAUCCGUCCCCUGCUCCGUAAAGAAGUCCUCCACAACCGUAAGGUGUGUGUGCGAACUGUACCGGGUUCCACGCAGGUGAUGGUCGAUGCCGACCGUGUCUUCUCCUUCGACCAGGCGUUUGGACCGACAGCGAGCCAGGACCAAGUGUACGAGUCCUGCGUUCAGCCGUUGCUAGAGUCCCUGAUGGACGGUUACAACGCCACUGUGUUCUGUUACGGACAAACAGGGUCGGGGAAGACCUACACUCUGGGAGGAGGAAACCUGGGUAGGUCAUACAGAGUAUUGCUGGUGGUUUAGGGAUAGUAAGUGAGAGUCAUUUUUAAAAUAUUAAAUUUAUGUAGUUUAACAUUUUUACCCUUUAGAGUCUUUCAGGCUCAUAAUUAAGGAUUUUAUUGCAGAUAGUCUGUAAAAUGCACAUUUCAAAAAAGUUUUCCCAACUUUUUUUUAAUCUUAAAUGUAGGGCUUUCAUCAAGAUCUUGAAAAACUACAUUUAAAAUAAAGUUCUCACCUACAUCCAUAUUUUCAUUUCAUAUAUUCUAAAUAUAACUGAUAAGCCUUUAUUAACUGGUUCUGUUCCAUCGGCUGUCAAAUCUGCAAUCAUUCAACCAACUCUCAAAAACCUCUAUAGAGCCCAAGGUAUUAGAAAACUCUCCAAGGUUCUGGAAAAAGUGGUUUGAAUUUUGAUACUGUUGACCACUUAAUUUUACUGCAACCGCUUAACUCUGGGUUGGUGUCUCUGGAUCAGCUUUGAUAUAUAUAUAUAUUUUAUUCAUAUGCUGCCCUUUGGACAGAAGAUCCAUAGACACAGCAUUGAUUUUCGCUUUCAUGCUGAUGACAUCUAGCUGUACCUUUCUUUCAACCAUGACAACCCAGAUCACAUCUUCCCACUUUAUAACUGUACAACUGACCUUAAAAGCUGAAUGGUCCACAGCUUCCUGCAGUUAAACAUGAACAAGACAGAGUUAAUCAUAGAGACAGAGUUAAUCAUAAUUGGUCCACACCCACAACACUACACAUCUAGAGCCUCUCUCAGCAAAUAUUUCUGAAAAUCUUGGAGUCAUUUUUUGAUGACAACCUUAAUCUAGAGUAGCAUGUCAGUUCAUUGGUUCGAUCAUGUUUUUAUGAGCUUAGAGGACUUUCCAAAAUCAGUCCCUUGAUUCAUCCCCAGAAAACACCUUGAAACAGCUAUGAAUGCCUUUAUCUCCUCCCGCCUAGACUACUAUAAUUCCCUAUAUUGUUUAUCACAGCAGAGCCUAAAUAAAAUACAGCUAGUCCAGAAUGUGUAAGCCAGACACUUCACCAAAACAAAGCAUAGCACCCCUGUUUUGCCUCCCUCCGCUGGUUCCCAGUUAAUUUUAGAGUUGAUUUUAAGAUCUUCAAGACUUGCCCUUGAAUGCAUCACUGAUCUCCUCACACCUUACUUGCCCAGUUGUACCCCGAGGUCCGCAGCCAAAGGGUCUGCUAGCUAUUUUUCAGUCUUGGCUGAGGACUAAGGCGUACUGGGCUUUUUCUGUUAGAGCAGCCAGUCUCUGGAACAAAUUGACUGAGGAGAUAAGAUAGGCAAGUUCCUUAUCCUCUAUCAAAACUUGUUAAAAAACCCACUUUUGUAAACAUGCUUUCACUGGAUAUGACUUUUAAAUUAGCUCAUUUUAAAUUGUUUUAUAUAAUAAUUAUUUUAAACUUAUUUUAAAAAACUUUUAACAUGAUGGGAGUUUCAUCUUUUAUUGAAUUUGAAAUCAUUCCUAUUUACUGUUUUUAUGCUGUGAAGGACUUCUCAACUCUGUUUUGAAAAGUGUUGUAUAAAUAAAGUUAUUUUUAUAAAACCUCUCUUAGAUGAUGAGGGGGGAAUAAUUGACCAUGUGGCCCAGGAUGUGUUCUUGUUGCUGGAGGAGAAGAGGAGAAGCAGUGAUGGAUUCCAGGCUGCAGUGCGAGUCACCUACAUUGAGUUGCACAAAGAGGAACUUCUGGACCUGCUGGAGCCGCCUACAAUUCGCAAAGGGCUCCAUAUCAGAGAGGAUGAGAAGGGAAACACGGGUAAUCUGAAAUUAGUUUUGACUAGCCAGCCAUAUGGCAAAUGUGCUCAUUUUUAGAAACUUCCCAUGUGUUGCACUUUUAUGACGCCCCUUCUAUGCAAGGCAGAAUAGAUAAAUUCAUGGGUUGAUCAUGCUGACAACACUAGAGAUUUAGAAGAGAUUAUUAAUGUGUUUGCAAAAUCCUUGAAAAAGUAAUAUUUUGACUCAGUCUGAAAGUGGUUCAUUAAAAUGAGAUAACUGUGUCUUUUUUUUUUUUGCUUUUUAGUGGUGGUUGGAGUGAAAGAGAUCGAAAUCAAAUCAGCCGAGGAGCUUUUAAGUUUUGUCGAGAUGGGCAACGCUGUGCGCCACACCGCCACCACAAGGAUGAACGAGCACUCCAGCCGCUCCCACACCAUCCUCACCCUACAGCUCACCCAGCAUUGCUCAAACAUGAAGUCAGUUCGCUACUCCAAACUCUGUCUGGUUGACCUGGCAGGCUCAGAGCGUGCUUGUAAAACUGACAACAGUGGGCUUCGGCUCAAAGAGUCCGCUUAUAUCAACACAGGCCUGCUUGCACUCGGCAAUGUCAUCCGUGCCCUCUCUGACCCUGGUCGGAACCGCCAUGGUGGCUGUAAUGCAUAUAUACCUUAUCGCGAUGCCAAGAUCACACGUCUUCUCCGGGAUUCAUUAGGAGGCACAGCUCACACUUUAAUGAUGGCAUGUGUAAGCCCCUCUCACGACAAUGUAGCUGAAACUCUGAGCGUUCUGCAUUUCGCAUCAAAGGCUCGUCACAUUUGUAACAGCCCUAGAGCGACAUCCACUUACACCGAGGUUAAAUCUUUUCCUGCAACAUGGGACCCAGGUGAGGCUCGACUGAAUGAACUUGAGAAUGAAGUUCAGGCACUGAGAGAACUGCUAAAAGAGAAAGAGCGAGAGAUGGAAACGAAGAAGACAAAUGGAAGAGAUGUAGAAGGUGAUGGCUCCUCGCAGUCCAGUUAUGUCAGAAUUUCUGACCCAGACAAGGAGAUCAACCAAGUGGAACUAUCACAGUACCGCCUCCUGGCUCAGGAAGCUGCUGCCCUGCUUGCGGACAUCUCUGGUAACAACUCAAGUAGUUUUUUCAGCCAGAGAGUUCAGGAAUGGCAGGACAGACUGACAGCAGUCAACAAGUCACAUCAAGCCAUUGGAGAGGAGUGGUCAGAGAGAGAUGAUGGACGAUCCGAACAUGAUAAACUGGGAGAGGAACUCAGCAAGUGCAAGGUAAUGAAAAGCUGCAAGAAGAACAGUCAUUUUAUCCAACAGUUGAUGAGACUCCAUGAGAGCUGGACUGUUGUAAAAAAAUAAUUCACCUUUAAGUAAAGCUAUGAAGCUGCUUUAGGUAGGCUUCUGAUCAGAGAUGAAACAAAAAAAGGUGUGCUGCUAGGCUUGUAUUAUAUCCAAAUGUCACGAGACAACUCUUUUCUUCUGUCUCUUAGGAAGGCCUUAUAACUCAGGAACAACUACUGCAGCAGAGAGAUGAUGAACUGAUACAGGUCAAAAAAGAAGUGGAAAGACUCCUUCAAGAGAACAAAAGCCAUGUCCAAGCCCUAGAGAAGGAAAAGAAAAAUACUCGAAUCCAGGUGGGAAGAAAAUUUUGUAAUCAGCCCUGUUUUACAGAAUAUAUAGGACCUUAACACUUGAUGUUUUACAUCUGCAAACAAAACUUGAUGAAUAUGUCUGUGUCAUUGUUUUGAUCUGUUGUCUGAAUGUUUAUCUUUGUGCAUGUCCUCAGACUGAAAAACUUGUGGACCAGCAGAUCCUCAUCGAUCGUCUCAGGAGUGAUCUAAUGACCUUAAAGGAUGCAGCAUCGGGGGCAAAAGUGGACGCAGGGGCUUCGGAGAACUUAGGAUGGAGGUCCCAUAGCGUUCCUCUUAUCAGACACAGCUGUGGGAACAGCAACGCCAGGAGGGUACGCUGAUGCACUGCUUUGUCUUUUCAGUUUUUCCUCAGCGUUUGAACACGGUUCCAAAAACCGUGGCUCAAUUUCUCAGUGCACAAACGAAAAACACUGAACACAUGAGUCAAAACUCCACAAAUCCCUUGCAAAAUUAAACAGCCCUGAAAACCCAUGCUCCCUCUCCUCAAAACUGACUCCUUCCUCCAAAACAAUGCACACAGCUAUUAUAUGCUAAUGAUUCAUGCCCAUCAGAAGUGUUCAUGUAGUUUUGGCUUCAUAUGACCCUGUAACUUACUCAAAUCUAUUCAAAUGUCUUUUCUUCUAUUUUGGAGAAUCAAAGGUUUUGCUCCUGAUUUGACAUUUACAUUAACCUCAAACAUGUAUACACAGCACAAUACAGAGUGUGAAGCUUAUCUGACCAUAAAGUAAUACACAAAGAAGUAGAUCACUUAUCCUGGUCAAGCCAGAGGACCUCCUCCUCAUCAGCUGUAAUGUUCAUGUGAUGGGGAGGUUUAUCUGGUAUGGCACACCCAUCAUUUAGUGGGUCUCAGUCAUUUGAGGCCUUUUUUAUACUCUCCCACAUGAUUGAAGGCUUCUUUUAGUUGAGUCCAUACCUGUGGGAUAUGAAUGAGACUUACUGGUAAUCAGGGUGUUUUAUUUUGAGGGCCAGUGCUUCCAAGAGAUCAGAGUGUGCAAAAUGAUUAAAUUUGUGUUUGUAGAUUUGAAAAACACUUAUGAACCUGUGCACAGAGUUGAUCUGUACGAAGCCAUGUUGUUGAUAAAUGAGUGUCAACUUUCCAGCAUUGUGUGCUUAGUUCCAUUUUGUGUGUACAAAAUUAAAGUAAAAAGAGAGAAACAAUCCGCACACUUCUGGUCUGUUGCAAAAAGAAGGGCUUUACUGAAGCAAGCUUUCGGUCAGUUAGACCUUCAUCAAGGCAGAGUGCAGGUUACAAACAGUGCUAGGGGUUAAUAUGCUUGAUUAGCAGCACCUGUCAGCGGUGAAGCACUCUGGGUCAGUAGAGCAUUAUGGGAAAUGCAGUCAGCAAAGACAUGAAACAAACAGAGAGGAAAAAAAGAACAAGUUCAUGCUGUGUACACAUCAGGCUUUAGCCAUCAUAAAACAAAGCACAAAAAGUUCAGAAUUGAAUAGUUAAGUUAUAUAAACACACUCAUGUCAAAAUCCUCAUUUAAGAACUGAUGGUUGUAGUGCAUCUAAAGUAUAAAUCCAAAAUAGUUCCCGUUGGCAUAACCCGCACUCUGCCUUGAUGAAAGCUUGCUUCAGUAAAGCCCUUCUUUUUGCAACAGACCAGAAGUGUGCGGGUUGUUUCUCUCUUUUUACUUUAAAGUUUCUGCUAAUCCUGCACCUUCUCUCCAGAUUGAGCGGUGACCCUUCACUAUUUUACUUUUGUGUAUACACAAUUGAAAAAAAAAAAGAAAUUUUUCAAUUGAUCUAUCUGUUGCACCGGACUGCAUUUUCUUCCUUACCUCACAUUUGUAGAUUCACUCCAGUCCCCCGGCUUAUUCACUGGAGCGGGUGAUGGCAGCCUUCAAAAUGCGGGGUCAUCUCUUACUGGCUGAGAUUGAGGAAAAGGAGGAGGUGUACCGUCCAUUUAUAAAGCCACAGAUAGAGAGAAAAGACGGGGAUGAAGAACAGGAGGAGGAGGAGGACAUAUUAAUGGAAAACGACAGUUUCAGGUGAGAGUCUGUUCAAGCCCAUAGCCUCUGUUUCUUUCCCAGGCAAACUGUCAUUGAUUCACGACAAAUGCAUUUCAGCUGAUGAGCAUCCAGCUAAACAAUUCUUAUCUCACAUGUUGCAAUAAAAACACAAACAAUGCAACAGAAAGACAAAAAAAUUGUCCUCAUAUUUCAAUCAGUCUUGAUGUUAUAAUUGCCUCCUUUUGACACACUGAGACUAUAUUCCAGACGUUCCUUAAACCUGACAUGGACCAGCAGGCAGAAGAAAUCAGCCCUGAAAGAGAACCUGCAGCAGCCUCUGCCAACCACAGGUUAACUUUCUAUGUAUUUCUAAUCAGUCAUGUAAUAUCUAAAAAGUUAUUUCCUUCUCGCAUCAUGAGUGUUCAUAUCGUCUCAGGGGCGGAGGAAAACCAGUCAAGGCAAAACCAAAUGAAGAAGGCUAGACUAAGAGCUCGUGUCACUCAGAGACGGAUCAAAGAUCUGACGGUCAACAUGCAAAUGAAAGGGGAGCUCAUCAAAGAGCUCAACAAAAGCGGUUUGUCUAUAUAAUUACACUCUUUUCAUCCAUGUACUCCUGUGUGAUUUUUGUGGUUUUAUUUCAUACAAUGGGUUCAGGAGAAUUGAAAUCUUGACAAGCUUGUAAAUUAAAAAACAGAUGAAACUCUCAAUCAAGGUUGAUUGGGACAAUGCUGUUGCUCCUACUUUGUGAAUUUUGGAGUUUAUAGAGAUCCGCAGCAGCAAAGACACUUAGUGAUAUUUUGAGAACAUACAUUUGCCCACUCUUGACAAAUGAUUUAAACUCCCUGGAGAAUUCUGCAAUAGUAAAACAUGUCUCAGUUGUUUGCCCUAUUUCAAGAUAUCAAAGAGAGAUUUAGAGUCUGUGGGUUUUUUCUAAUUGUGGGCAUGUGCGAGUGUGUGAAGUCUAAAUCACAGCCUGCCUAGGUUGCAGAAGAAACCCAGAUUGUCUCUGCCCUGGAUGGCAUGUGUAUAAGAAAAUGAAAGUAUCUUUAUAGGGUUAAUUGUGGGCAGGCUAGUUUUGGAUUACCAUAAACUUUGUAGCAAUACUAAAAUGCUGUAUCUAUGUGUUAUCCAAUUCUGAACAGUAUUUUCAUCUACAAUGGCAUUUUUGAUUGACAGAAAAGGAGACCAGAGCUGUUGACCAUAAUGGCAAAGAAGCAGAUGUGUUGACGAGGCUCCUCACGCAGAGACAGAGGGUCCAGUCAGAGGUCUACCAUAGUCUGCAGCACUUAAGACUCCAGAGAGCCCAGCUUCAGAGCAGCCUGAGUCAACCUGACCAAAACUGGGUAAGCUGUGCAAAUUCUUGAAAAAGACCACAAACAUGAUGUAAAGACUGUCAGAUAGGCAUGAAGCUUUCAGUUUGUGUUGGUUUUAUGUUAUUAUUCCAUAUUCCUUUGCUAAACUUAUGCUGUACAUGCAUAGAUUAUGUUUUCUGAUUAAAAAAGACACUAAUCUGACACUAAUCCCUAAUUGCAGCAUUUAGAAGCAUUUACUCAUUUACUUUUACUUUUGUAACUUAUGUUGAGGCAUCAGACUUAAUUUCAGUCUAUCUUAUGACCUGUAAAAACAAGUGCUAUGACUUCUGUAGGGUUUGAUUAAACUUGUUUGUCUGCUCUUUAGGUUCCAUUGGCUGUUUUUCCUUUUAUGUGAUAAACAAAUUUACUUAGAGCAUUUAAGAGUUGACAGCUAAAUGCAUAAUUACUUUGACAGGGAGUUGAUUCUUUCUGGUAUCCCUAAGCUAUAUUGCUUUCACAGUGAGUCGAAGAAACUUGAAAGAAUACUUUGUUCUUAACAGCCGAACUUAAAUGGUACUUUUUGCCAGUUCUCUUUUACACAUACCUCCAGACCUUACACAGAUGUUUUUCCCCUGUGUUUUGUAUUUGAAAUCGCUCUGGUUUAACUGAGAAUUGAAUAAAAACUUGGUGGAAGUUUGACUGAUUGGGAAUUACAAAACUGCAGACAACUUUCAGCGUGAGUGAAAUACUACCUGGUUACCUGGUUAAGUAAACAUUAUCUGUGUUUUUUUUAAAGGAGCAAAGGGCCGGAUAUGUGACUGAGUUCAAAAGCACUUGUCAGAAAGAAGGGAAAAAGGUAAAGCCGUAUGUCAACACGGAAAUUUUGCUUACGCUGUCUAAAACAACCGUUGACAGUGUUUGAUUUGACGUGCAUCUUGUAUACUGUGUGUACCUUUCACACCUUUCCUUUCCACUGCAGGACAGAAACUGGCUCGAGGAAGAGGAGGAGCGGAUCAUUCAGAAGAGAGCAGAGCUUCAAGAGAUGGAAGAGGAACUGCGAGGGAGAGAAGAGGUGCUCCAGCGCAGAGAAGCCUGUCUGCAACAGAAAAACAAACUGGAAAUCAAGAAGCUACACUCAAGUCAGGUCAGUCUGUGUAUGUGUAAAACAUUAUCAUGAAAGAUGUGCUAAUCCUGUUCAUGAGAUUUCUGGGUAAGAGGAGCAUGUACUGUUAUAGGUGAUGCUGGAAUCUAAAAGGCUUUUAUCAAUGACUUUUCAGGCUGUGAGUCAGGACCUGCUGCAUGUGUCGAUGCAGUUGGAGUCCCUGGAGGAGCAAAUAAAGAGCAGAAGCAGUCUGGAGAAUGGAAGAGGAAGACAGACUGGAGGAGUAACCAGAGAGAAACUGGAGAAAGAAAGAGAUAUUCUCAGAAAGAGGAGAGAUGCUUUGGAUGCUCAGCUGAAGGAAUUCAGAGUGCUCACUGUGGAGGUCAGAAAAAAUGGAGUCCUCUGUGUCUGUGUCUGUGUCUGUGUGUGAUGCAGAGGUUUUAAUGAACUGUCUCUCUGUUAUCCCAGAUUCAUUCACUAUAUUGUUCAUCAGUGUGUAGCUUUUUCUCUUUGUGAAUUUGGAUUUGUGGUUCCACGUGUAGGAGGAGCAUUCACUGCUGGAGCUGGAGGAAGCAAUUGAAGCUCUGGAUGCAGCUCUUGAAUUUAAAAACCGUUCCAUUCAGGACAAACAGAGAAAGCUGUUAAUCACAGACUCUGAUACUCAACAGUCAAAAAACACUGAACCUGCCCAACUCUGUGACGUCUUCAGGAAACUAAAGCAGCUGUCACUACAUGAAGUCUCUGAACUGCUUGUCAAAUAUUUUAACAAGGUAAGAUUAAAAGUCCUACAUGCUCUCUAUGCUACUUUAAACCAAACACUGACUUCUUUUCUUUCUAUUUCACUUGGAGAUUUAUUCUGCUCUUUCAUCUACAUCUCCGCUUGGCUCAAUCUUGCCUUUUUUUCAAACUCUCUAGGUUGUAUGUCUUCGAGAGGCAGAGCGCCGUUUGCAUUUGCAUUGUGAAGAGCUGCAGAUUCAAGCUGAUGAGCAAGAGGCAAUGGUUGGAGAGAUGGAAGCAGCCAUGCAGCGUUUAGCCCUGGAUGCAGACCGCAGGUUCACCCAGCAGAACCGAGAUCACCAGAGCAACAUCCAGCUUCUUCUGCAGAAACUCAAAGGUCAGGAAAUUCAGGGUGCUUUGAUACACUCAUUAAAACAGUAUUUAUAUUUGUCUUGCCUCCUCUGUGCAGACCUUUAUAAUUAUAGUUGUUUUUUGUUACGUCUAUGUCCCUUUGUUUACAGAGCAUGGUUCAAGAGAGCCACAGCAGGCCAUCCAAGCAAGACUGCAGCAUGCAGAGAAAGAGCUGUUUUUCUACAAAAGCUCCAGCCGACAGCUUAAAAAGAAACUCAGGGAGCUCCGUGGUGGAGCUCAGAGCUCAGUUGAUCAGCCUACGCAUUCACAUGUGUAUAAACAAACAAACACAGGGGCAAACCAACUCCAGAUGCAGAGUGAAGAAUCACAAGCAAGAAGCCGAAUUUUAACCUCAUACACAAAGAUACAGGCUGAGCAAAAAGGCCAACAAACACAAAAUGAUUCUCAUUUAAAGCAAUCUUCAUGCCAGACUCCCUGCUCCGACCGUCAUGCAUAUAAAACCACAAAUAUGCCCGACUACCACAGGAUACAGACAGAGUCCCAGGGGCAGAGGGACAGAGGGACAGGUCACUCCAGGGAACAGUCAGUAACGGAACCAGUCCGACUGUGUCGCAGAGAACUGAGGGAGGUCUCCCCAGCUACCCUGCAGGACACAGGGAGGCGCCAGUGUGCUCUGGAUGCUAGCUCAGAGUCUAUCUUAGAGGACUCCAUAGAAAUGCCUAAAAACUCUGACUGAUGAUGUUACAUUACACGUAUUCAGCGGCUUCAGCAGAUCACAAGCUGUGUAAACAACACACUACCACCUAUCUACUGUUGACAGAUUUAUUCAAACUUCAUAUUUUCUCCAUCUUAGGUUCCUUUUGAAAAUGUGUCAAUUUUAUUGGACUUUAAACUUC